CUAAUGAUCCUAUGUUUUUACAGGAGGGAAACUUCGCUAUCCUGCAAAGCUACAGCUACAAACAGUUUGGAGUUUCAUUCACCUUCCUUUAAAAACAGUAGCGCUCUGGAAAGAGAGAAUACGGUUUAUAAAAAAUCUAAGUAAAGGUUUGUAUCAGUCAGUUUAAGGAGUUGCUACAGUCAUGUCCGGUAUAGCUCUCAGUCGCCUUGCUCAGGAACGAAAGGCUUGGCGGAAAGAUCAUCCGUUUGGUUUUGUAGCUGUGCCAACCAAAAACCCAGAUGGAACGAUGAACUUGAUGAACUGGGAGUGUGCCAUCCCUGGAAAGAAGGGGACUCCUUGGGAAGGCGGCUUGUUCAAACUGCGGAUGCUCUUUAAGGACGAUUACCCGUCCUCUCCUCCUAAAUGUAAAUUCGAGCCGCCGCUUUUCCAUCCCAACGUGUAUCCAUCGGGAACAGUGUGCCUGUCCAUUUUAGAGGAGGACAAAGACUGGAGGCCAGCCAUUACAAUCAAGCAGAUCUUGCUAGGAAUCCAAGAACUGCUAAACGAGCCAAAUAUUCAGGAUCCUGCACAAGCGGAGGCAUACACAAUUUACUGCCAAAACAGAGUGGAAUAUGAAAAAAGGGUCCGAGCACAAGCCAAAAAGUUCUCUCCAUAAUCCCCGUGACGGAGCGGAUAUCCGACAGCGUUUCUGCAGUACUUCUUAGCUGCUCCUCUCAUUACCCUUCUUCACUUUCCACUAAUUUCCAUGCAGGUGUGAUGAAAACUGAAUGUGCCAUUGUCAUGUCCAGUGACGCCCACCUAAGCGAGCGCUCUAUCGGCUCGUAAUUUUCUUGUCUUUUCGAAAAUAUAUAAAUAAAUACAAAAAAUAUAUAAAUAAAUAAGUGGGCGUCACCUACGCCACCUAUUGAAGUGAAUCAGCGGCACAGGCGCUCGUUCCAGGAGUCCUGGGGUGCCACAGCGCCGCACGGUUUCCAUGUUUUCCCUCCUCUUGCACACUUGAAUCGCAGCCGGCUCGAUAAUUAGCUAAGGAGAUGAAAUCUAGUGUGUUGGAUCAGGGAAAACAAAACUACAUCACCGUUUCUUUUCUCUUCCCCAGACCUGUCUCACGAAGCAUGAUGCAUUGUUUAGCUAUCUAACUUUAAGCUUAGUUCGAUCUUACCCUGUGUGUACUGCCUCGGAGUAGGUUACAUUGUCAUGGUAACCACACGCCUUAACCCCUUUCGGGCCAGGCCUACAAGUUCAGGAUCACGGAUUGCAAACGGCUCUUCGACCAAUCGCUUAUUAUCUGAUUUACCAAAUCCAGCUUGGUAAGUGGCCUUUUUUGGCAAAUUCCACAGGUUUUAUGAGAGGGUCACUUUGCAGGUCAAGGUUCCUUUUCCUUUUGGUUUUCCCCACUCUGGGCUAGAUAAGAUGGAGUAGCUGUCAGUAAUGUAUUUGAUGAUUAUUCACUCAUAUUUUAGUCAUUACAGGCCUGAGAGAACAUGAGGCCUGUUCGAUUCACAGACUGAUAAACGUUCAGCUUCUGCAAACACCACUUCAUGUUGCGUGUAUGUAGUCUUGAUGAUAUUUUAGGCCCAGAGAUAGUAGGGAUCUUAUAGGGACGUUAUUUUACCCACUGAGCUUCAGUCAGACUGCUUAAAUCUGUAUGCUGAGUCACUUCUUCUGUUCUCCUGCUUUUCCAUGUGCUGCUUGUGUGUCUGAGCUACGUGCAGUUUGCCGAGCCUCGCUGUUUGCUCACAAGCUAGAGUAGCAUAGCUUCCUGGUUCAGUGUGCGUUCCACAGGAAGUGGAGUCAGGUAGUCACACAUAGCUUGCUGAUUAUAGAUGAUACACUAUACGGCCUAAAGUAUGUGGACACCUAACCAUCACACCCACAUGCAGUUCUUUCUCAAUCUGUUAGAAGCACACAAUUCUCUAGAAUGUCUCUGAACACUGUAGCUUUACAGUUUAAGAGACUCGAACCCUGUUCCAUCAUGACAAUGCCCCUGUACACAAAGCACAGAGCUCCAUGAAGACAUGGUGUAGAGGUUAAGGUUGGAGUGGAAGAACUGGAGUGUCCUGCACUGAGCCCUGACUCUGACUCAACCCCACUGAACACCUUUGGGAUGAACUGGAACACCGACUGAACUCCAGACCCCCUCACUCUUACAACAUCAGUGUCUGAUCUCACUAAUGCUCUUGUAGCUGAAUGAACACUAAUCCCCACAGUCACCCUCCAACAUCUAGUGGAAAACCUUCACAGAAGGAGAUUAUUAUAACUUUUUUUUGCAAUGUGCUGUUCAGUUCAGUUCUCAAGUAUCUGAAUACUUUUGGCUGUAUAGUGUACAUACUCAUAAUUAUAGAUAUUAGAUAUUAGAUAUUAGGACCUACCUCUCCUUUUAUCUCAUCCUGUUCACAGCACGGUCCUUUUGUUUUGCUCAGAAUAUCACAAUCAGUAAUACAGGAUUGGGAAACUAAUGACUUAACAGCCAUUUUCUGUCAGAGCUCGUCCUUGGUAUUUCCUGGUAUUUAUUAAAUAUUGCUCCUGGUGCCUGAGACUCCUCCAUGCGUCACACAAUUGACUGGUCGCAACAAUCAGAAGGUCUAAUCAUUGAUCACGUAAACUUCAUCAGAAUCCCAACCGCAUUCGCGACACUUUUCUACCGUAUGCUGUAUGUUACGCAGUCUCAUAGAUUCAGAACUCAGUUCAUGUUAAAGCUGCUUCGUGAGACAUGCCCUGGUCAGGAGAUGAUGAGCGCUUAGAGAUACCUUGUUUAUAUUUGCUACAGAGCUUCAUAUGUGCAAAACAAAAAAGGGCAAUGAAAAGGAUCCUCAUGCGACAUUAUGAUUAAAUCAGAAGGAAAUUCUGUUGUGCUUCUGUUUUUAUUUUCGAUCUUUCGAACAGGCCUUCUUUCUUCUCUUCAACCAUUUGAAUGAUGUAAGACACGCUGUUACUUAAACGUCAGUAUUCCAACUGCUGUAAAAUGAUGCUUUUAUACUUUCAUGCUUUUUUUAAAUUAGUGUGUCUAUGUUACUUUCCAUUCCCAGGGUGGGCAGUGUAGACAGCAUGUUGUAAUAUACAGUAUGAUAGAUUUUUGCUGCCUUGGCAGAACAAAACAAAAAAAAACAAAACAAAAAAAAAAAAUGCCCACUGAGUAAAAAAAAAAAACUGAAAGCUAUACAGUGAUCUGUGUUGGUGUUUUUGUUCUUGUAAGUGUUUAGAGUAAAUAAAAUGUUUAUACAUUGCCAAA